AAAAAGUGCAGAACAUGAUGAACCAGUCAACAGAACACAAAGUGAGUUAACCAGAGUGAUGGAAGAACAUGAACAGUGGGAGAAACCAGACAACGAAGACGACAAGCAUCAACCAGAACAACGAAUAUGGAGUUGGGGUGCAGGAACAGAGGGCCAGUUAGGAACAGGGAAGCUUCAAGACGAGCACCACCCUCAACUCCUUCACCAACCCUCUCUGUCUUCCAUCUCCUCCCUUGCAUGUGGCGGCGCUCAUGUCGUCGCCUUGACUUCCGACGGGAAGGUACUGUCAUGGGGUAGAGGCAGUUCUGGUCAACUAGGCCAUGGAGAGGUUGUUAAUAACGCCUUGGAACCAAAAAUUGUAACAUCAUUGGAUGGUUACUUCAUAACCCAUGUUUCUGCUGGUUGGAGUCACUCUGGUUUUGUUUCAGAUACUGGGUGUUUGUUCACUUGUGGGGAUGGUUCGUUUGGUCAACUUGGGCAUGGGGAUUAUGCAUCACAGUGCUUUCCUGUGAGAGUUUCAUGUUUUGUUGAUCAGCAUGUUGUGAAGGUAGCUUGUGGUAUGAGACAUUCCCUUGUUUUGCUGAAAGAUUGUCCAUUGAAUCAAGUUUAUGGAUUUGGCUCUGGAAAGCGUGGUCAAUUGGGUGUCUCCAAAGAUAGGAUCAAAUCUAUUAAUCUUCCUAAAGUUGUUAGUGGAUUUGAAGAUGUGCAGAUAGUUGAAAUUGCUACAAAUGGUGAUCAUAGUGCUGCACUAUCUGUUGAUGGGCAUCUUUACACCUGGGGAAGAGGCUUCAAAGGCUGUGAAGAUUCUCAUUUUCCACAAUGUUUAGACUCUACAAUGAGUUUUACCAAAGCCACUUUGGGAUGGAACCAUGGUUUAGCUAUGACUGGUGAGGGUGAGGUUUAUAUGCUUGGUGGCAACCACCUUGGAAUGCUUAGUGAUAUUCAGAAUGUGAGCUCAGCUAAGCAGUUACCUGUAGAUUCAAGAGAAGCCAAUUUGGAUAAAGUCCUUGGCCUUGAAGGGGCAAAGGUUGUUGAUAUUGCUACGGGAGCUGAACAUUCCAUCCUUGUCACAGAGAAUGGAGAAGUAAAGACAUGGGGUUGGGGUGAGCAUGGUCAACUUGGCUUGGGAGAUACUUGUGACAGGAUCAGUCCUGUUACAGUAAGUAUCGGGUAUGAUCUGAAUGAAGCUGCAUCAAUCAGAGUUUACUGCGGAAGUGGCUUCACGUUUGCUUUAACUAUGCCAUAAAAUCUUCUCAAACUCGAAGAUGCACUACUUUGGCAUGCAUAUCUAAAGAAGUCAUCAUCAGUUUAGUUCGAGUACUACAUUUACAGUGGCAGUAUAUAGAAUGAUGAUACACCCCAAGGAAGGCUUUAUACUGCUCAAGUGUUGCUUAGGAUACAAGCUGCACUGCACUAGCCAUAGGCUCCUAUGGUCCCUCACAAAAACUAGGAUGGAGAAGGAAUGUGGAUAUAGAUAUGCAGCCAGUUUGGGAGCUUAUUAGAGCUUGUCUAUUGGGAAGAAAACACUAAAUAAGGUCCAUUUAAUGGACUAGUUUUGGCGGUAUAGAGUGGCGGCAGCUAGAGGCAUGUUUCCCGAAUUCUGGUUUGAGCUAGAACAUGGAUGAGAUUCUGCACUGGACUUUACCCGUUAAUUUAAGAGGGUGAAUGAUUGUAGUCCAUAAUACUGCCAUUUCUUUAUAGAGAAAGGGAAAGGAAAACCAAACAAUGUCAUAAUUUUCCGUUUCUUGUUGUAAUUGAUUCGAUUUGAGUGGGACUUUGGAAUGUGAAAUAACAAGGAAAAAUUGGAAACC